UUCAAAACAAAAAAAAAAAAAAAAAAAAAACAAAACUUGCUUUUACAAUAGUUUUCAGGGUUUUAGCCCUGAGAGCUCAAUCUGUGAAUCUUAAACCCUUUUCCUCAAACUGUGAUUUCUGUUGCAAAAUUAUCUCAACUACUCAAAUUAUCUUCUCAUAGUUUCAAUUAAAGAAACGAAAAUGGAAGACAAUACUAUGGCAUCGGUUCACUCCACAGUUUUCAAAGAAUCAGAAACCCUAGAAGGAAAAUGCAUCAAAAUUCAGGGCUAUGAUUUUAAUCAAGGAGUAAAUUAUUCGCAACUCGUAAAAUCUUUCAUUUCCACUGGUUUCCAAGCAUCAAAUCUUGGAGAAGCCAUUGAAGUAGUAAAUCAAAUGCUAGAUUGGAGGCUUUCAGAUGAAGUACCUGCCGAAGACUGUAGUAUGGAGGAGAGAGAUUCUGAUUACAGAAAUUCUGUGAGGUGCAAAGUAUUCCUUGGGUUUACAUCAAAUUUAAUUUCAUCUGGGAUUCGUGACACGGUUCGAUAUCUUGUUCAGAAUCAUAUGGUUCAUGUGAUUGCUACAACUGCUGGUGGGAUAGAAGAAGAUCUUAUUAAAUGUCUUGCACCUACAUUUAGAGGUGAAUUUUCUCUACCUGGAGCUCAAUUACGUUCAAAAGGAUUGAAUCGGAUUGGUAAUUUGUUGGUUCCCAAUGACAACUACUGCAAAUUUGAGGAUUGGAUUAUUCCCAUAUUUGAUAAAAUGUUAGAGGAGCAAAAUUCAGAGAAGAUUACAUGGACACCAUCUAAGGUGAUUGCUCGUUUGGGAAAAGAAAUUGAUGAUGAAAGUUCAUAUCUUUAUUGGGCGUACAAGAACAAUAUUCCUGUCUUCUGCCCUGGUUUAACAGAUGGAUCACUAGGGGAUAUGUUAUAUUUUCAUUCAUUCCGCAACCCAGGUUUAAUUAUUGAUAUCGUGCAAGAUAUUAGGGCGAUGAACGGUGAGGCUGUUCAUGCAGCUCCUAGGAAGACUGGAGUGAUAGUUCUUGGGGGUGGAUUGCCAAAGCAUCAUAUUUGCAAUGCCAAUAUGAUGCGUAAUGGCGCAGAUUAUGCAGUUUUUGUCAAUACUGCUCAGGAGUUUGAUGGUAGUGAUUCAGGUGCUCGUCCUGAUGAGGCCGUGUCCUGGGGAAAGAUUCGAGGAUCUGCAAAGACUGUUAAGGUGCACUGUGAUGCUACUAUUGCUUUUCCUCUAUUAGUUGCUGAGACUUUUGCUGCUAAGAGAAAAAAUUAAAGCUGAUGCCCGUUUCUGAUCUCAAAGGGUUGCCUUUUGUUUCAAGUUAUUGAUACAAUUUGGAGCAUGCUGCUAAAGUAACAUGAAACGCUGUCAAUCCAUAAAUGCGAGGGGCGAAAUAAGG